AUUGUCAAACUAAUGUCCCGGAGUCGUUUUCUGUUUUAACAGACCCCAUAUGACCGAGAACAAAUAAAAUAUACAUUUAUAAUGUACCUAAAAAAAUCUUUUGGAAUGCAAAGCAAAAGAGAAACCAGUACAGAACACUGUCGAGACAUUUUUGUCCCAACCUCGAACCCGUAUUUUCCCUAGCGGAAGCAGGGCCUCAUUGGUUGGCGUGCGCCCGCCAUCACGCCGGAAGGCCGCGUCAUUGGUCCGCGCGGUCGGGACUCCGGGAUCUUUUCUCCCAGCGCUCAGGUCGGUCGCGCUCCUUUCUUCCUCUCAGUGGGAGCCCGAAGGGAUCCGGACCGGCCAAGGCGGGUACCAUGACGACCCUGGAUGACAAGUUGCUGGGGGAGAAGAUGCAGUACUACUAUAGUACCAGUGAAGAUGAGGACAGUGACCAUGAAGACAAAGAAGGAAGUGGGGGUCCCCUGGCCAGUGGUUCCAUGCCUCCAGAGGCUGAGAUGGCAGGCGAAGGCAUUUCAGUUAACACAGGCCCAAAAGGUGUUAUCAAUGACUGGCGUCGCUUCAAGCAGUUGGAGACAGAGCAGAGGGAGGAACAGUGCCGGGAGAUGGAGAGGCUAAUCAAGAAGUUGUCCAUGACCUGCCGGUCCCAUCUGGAUGAAGAGGAGGAGCAACAGAAACAAAAAGACCUCCAGGAGAAGAUCAGUGGGAAGAUGACUCUGAAGGAGCUUGCUAUGAUGAAUGAGGACCAGGAUGAUCAAGAGUUUCUGCAGCAGUACCGGAAGCAGAGGAUGGAAGAGAUGCGACAGCAGUUUCAUAAGGGGCCUCAGUUCAGGCGGGUUUUUGAGAUCACCAGUGGAGAAGGGUUUUUGGAUAUAAUUGAUAAAGAACAGAAGAGCACUCUCAUCCUGGUUCAUAUUUAUGAGGAUGGCAUUCCAGGCACCGAAGCCAUGAAUGGUUGUAUGAUCUGCCUUGCCACGGAGUACCCGGCUGUCAAAUUUUGCCGUGUGAAGAGCUCAGUUAUUGGGGCCAGUAGUCGGUUCACCAGGAAUGCCCUUCCUGCCCUGCUCAUCUACAAGGGGGGUGAAUUGAUUGGCAAUUUUGUUCGUGUUACUGACCAGCUGGGAGAGGAUUUCUUUGCUGUGGACCUUGAAGCUUUUCUACAGGAGUUUGGAUUACUCCCAGAAAAAGAAGUCUUGGUGCUGACGUCUCUGCGUAACUCUGCCACCUGCCACAGUGAGGACAGCGAUCUGGAAAUAGAUUGAGCUGAUAAUCUGGUUGCAUAGAUUCCUUGUGGUUAGGCUGGAAGACACAUGUCUAUGUUUAUUUUUGUUCCUUCCUGUAUCUUCUGGCUUUCCAGCUGUUCUUUGUAGUCCCUUUAUUAUGUAGAAAGCCAAGAAAUUCCUAGAUUAAAUCCAAAUGCUGAUUCACCUUGCAGCUAGCAAUAAAGUGAUUUAGGAUUAUAUAAACAGGAAGCUAGGCUUUUGAGCUGUUUACUUAAGAUUCUCUGGCAUGACAUCUCUGUUGUUGUUUCCAGUCAAUAUUUACACAGGCAAUGUCCUGCAAAUUGUCUUUUAGUGACCUAGAGGUCUUUGCCAAGUCUGAGAGUAGAAUUCCCUAGUUAGUGUGUUAUGUGCAAUGUAAUCAAUGUAAUCAAAUGAUUCUAAGUUAUAUUUACUUGUAAUCAUACAAAGCAGUUACAUCCCUUCCCCUGCCCCCCAGAUGCUCUUCUCUACCGGGUCUGAGAUGUAGCUCAGUGGCAAAGUACUUGCCUAGUGUGCACAAGGCCCUGAGUUGGAGGCAGAUAACUAACGUUUACUACCCUGUCAGGACUGGUAACCUCUGUGUGUGGAGUCAGUGUCCUGCUCAGCGUUACGGCAUAUGCACCGGAGGAUGAUGGUCCUGCUGCUGGGAAACAGCAUCUUUUUGACCCAGACAUUGGAGCUGGGGUGCUCUGGAAAGCUUGUUGAAAUAGGACUUUUCAAUCCUACUUAUAGCUAUUAUGUCUGUCUUGGUUAUUUAAUAAGUUAACUUUUUAUUUAAUGGAUUUUUUUUAAACUUCUUUUUUUGCAUAUUGGAAAAAUAAUUUGUAUUCAGUAGGGGGAAAUUGGCCAAAAUGCAGAUGCCAAAAUAACAAAAUUAGAAUAAUCUCUAAUCUUACCAUCUAAACACUUACUAAUAUUUUGGUAUAUUUUUUACUAAGGUAUUUUCUAUGCAUACAUACAGACAUUUUGUUUGUUUUUAAGCGAAGCAUUGGGAUCAUUCUGAACAUACUGUUUUAUAGUAUGGCCAGCUAAUAUUAUAUCAGAAUUUUUUUAUAUUAUCAAAUACUCUUCUAUAGCAUUUAAAAGUAGCCAUAUAUUCCAUUGCAUAGACCUGCUAGACUUUGCUUUGUGGUUGUCUCAGAAAGAUAACAAACUUGCUGAGCCCUGGUGGCUCACGCCUGUAAUCCUAGCUACUGAGGAGGCUGAGAUCUGAGGAUCAUGGUUCAAAGCCAG